AUGUCCGCCGAAAAGAAGGACUCUGUCAUCCUCCAAACGUCUGACGAUGAGCAAUUCACGGUGGAGAAGAAGGUUGCCGAGAGGAGUGCCAUGAUCAAGUCGAUGUUGGAGGAUCUUCCCUCCCAAGACUCUAUGAUUCCGCUUCCUAACGUAUCCUCAUCGGUUCUCGCAAAGGUCUUGGAGUACUGUGAUCACCACAAAAAUGAGCCUCUUCCCGCUGCGGAUGCGGACGCGGAUGAUUCUCGAAAAAAGACAUCAGAGAUUGGGGACUGGGAUUCAAACUUGAGCCAGGUCGACCAGGAAAUGCUCUUUGAGAUCAUCCUCGCUGCCAAUUACCUGGAUAUCAAACCUUUGUUGGACGUGGGAUGCAAGACUGUGAAACUGACAACUGAUCAAUCUCUUUCCAGCAACAUGAUCAAGGGCAAGUCUCCUGAACAGAUUAGGACACUCUUCAACAUCCAAAACGACUUCACUCCUGAGGAGGAGGAGCAGAUCCGAAAAGAGAACGAGUGGGCUGAAGAGUGGGUUCAGAACCGGAAGUCAGACGGACUUGCGUGCUGA